CUCUGUCUCAUCCUGUCUGUCUCUACAGGGACUCUGUCUCAUCCUGUCUGUCUCUACAGGCACUCUGUCUCACCAUGUCUGUCUCUACAGGCACUCUGUCUCAUCCUGUCUGUCUCUACAGGGACUCUGUCUCAUCGUGUCUGUCUCUACAGGCACUCUGUCUCAUCCUGUCUGUCUCUACAGGGACUCUGUCACGCUCUGAGGAAAGAAGCCUGGAAGUUCCUGUUGGGUUACGUCCCCUGGGACAGCACGCUGGAGGAGAGGAAAGUCCGGCAGAGAACCAAAACUGAUGAAUACUUCAGGAUGAAGCUGCAGUGGAAGUCCGUGAGUGAGGAGCAGGAAAGGAGGAACUCCAGACUGAGGGACUACAGAAGUCUGAUCGAGAAAGACGUCAACAGAACGGACCGCAGCAACCGCUUCUACGAAGGCAUCGACAACCCGGGUCUGGUCCUCCUCCACGACAUCCUGAUGACCUACUGCAUGUUGGACUUUGACCUGGGAUACGUCCAGGGGAUGAGCGACCUGCUGUCUCCGAUCCUCUACGUGAUGGAGAACGAGGUGGACGCCUUCUGGUGCUUUGUCUCCUUCAUGGAGCAAAUGCACCAGAACUUUGAGGAGCAGAUGCAGGGCAUGAAGACUCAGCUGAUCCAGCUCAGUACUCUGCUCAGACUGCUGGACUUGUCCUUCUGGAACUACCUCGAGUCUCAGGAUUCAGGUUUUCUGUAUUUCUGUUUCCGCUGGUUGUUGAUCAGAUUCAAGAGAGAGCUCAGCUUCCAGGACGUUCUGAGACUCUGGGAGGUGAUGUGGACCGAUUUGCCCUGCGACAACUUCCACCUGCUGGUCUGCUGUGCCAUCCUGGACUCAGAGAAACAGAAGAUCAUGGAGGAGAACUACGGCUUCAACGAGAUCCUCAAGCACAUUAACGAACUCUCCAUGAAGCUGGACAUCGAAGACAUCCUUCAGAAAGCUGAGGGCAUCUGUCAGCAGAUCAAGAGCUGUAAGGACCUGCCUUGCUCCAUCAGCGUCAUCCUGGGUCUGGGUCCAGGUCCAGGUCCAGAUCCUGGUGUGGACUCUGAGGUCUGCGACUGUGGAGCCUCUCCGUCUCUCAGGCCGACUCAGCGACCGGACGUCUGCUCCAACGGACUGUUGAGAGGAAGCAGCUCUCACAACAGAGUGGCCUUCAUAUCGUCGUGAGCACAGACUGAACAGGGCGACCGUGUAAAAAGGAUUUGAGACGAUUCAGAAUCUUAUUUUUGUAAUUUCUUGUACCACAUUGUGUCCAUCAGUCCUUCUCUCCACGUCUCCUAAAGCUCCAUUCAGACGCUCACGCUAUUGAGUGACGGUGCUUCUCUGUGUCCGUCCACCGGUCUCUUUAGUUCUGCAUCACCAGAGACGUGGUGGCUUCAGUGUCUCUCAGGUCUCCUUCUACUUCCUGUUUUAGUCUCUCACUGCUUUGACAGAGGAACCACAGCUAACUGCUAACAGAACUCAACAGCUUUUAUAGGAUGACUUUUGUCUCUGUGUUUUACUUUGAAUUCAUUGAAUCACAUGAACCUCUGUAGUUCUGGUUCUUCAUAACUGAUAACUCAUCCAGAAUAAACCUCCAUAAAUCCA